GUUAGAGAGAGAGAGAGCGAGAAGAAAAACGCCGAGGGGAUAUUUCAAGCCUCUGCCCCAUUGGCAAUUUUCUGAGGCUAGCCCAGAUCACGGUCUGGGGCCUUGGUUGUGCCUGAAAGUUGAAUUUUGCAUAACUCGAAUUUGUAGAAAAUGGGGGUUAUGUCGAGGCGGGUUGUGCCCGCUUGCGGUAACCUCUGCUUCUUCUGUCCUUCGAUGCGAGCAAGGUCAAGACAGCCCGUGAAACGGUACAAGAAGUUGCUCACUGAUAUAUUAAAGGAUGCUGAACCAAGCGAUAGGAAAAUUGGGAAACUUUGUGAAUAUGCUUCAAAGAACCCAUUGCGAAUCCCCAAGAUUACCAAUCAGCUAGAGCAGAGAUGUUACAAGGAUUUGCGGAAUGAGAACUUUGGAUCAUUGAAAGUUGUGUUGUGCAUUUAUGGGAAAUUGCUAUCGUCAUGUAAGGAGCAGAUGCCACUAUUUGCUAGUAGUUUAUUAGGGAUUGUUCGGAUUCUUUUAGAACAAACUCGGCAAGACGAAAUGCAGAUUUCGGGUUGCAGUAUUCUUGUCGACUUUAUAAAUAGCAAGAUUGAUAGUACGUACAUGUUCAACUUAGAGGGCCUCAUUCCCAAACUUUGUAAUUUGGCUCAAGAAGUUGGAGAAAACGAAAGAGCUCUACGUUUACGUUCAGCAGGACUACAAGCUUUGGCUUAUAUGGUGUGGUUCAUGGGUGAGCACUCCCAUAUCUCAAUGGACUUCGACAAUAUCAUAUCAGUCACCUUGGAUAACUACAUGGAUCUCCAAAUUAACUCCAAGAAUGCAAAGAAAGAUGGACUAUAUUCUCAGCCUCAGGACCCAUGGGUUCAAGAAGAACAUGGUUCAUAUUUCCCCAAUAUCAGUAAGAAGGAUUCUUCGGUGCCGAAUAUCAUGACUAAUCCUCAUUUGGACUCCACAACGGAUACUUCCAAAAGUCCUGCUUACUGGUCAAGGGUGUGCUUGCAUAAUAUGGCCAGAUUGGCAAAGGAAGCCACAACAGUGCGUCGUGUGCUUGAACCACUUUUCCAUAGUUUUGAUGCUGGUAACCAUUGGUCCCCAGAAAAAGGAGUUGCCUUUUCUGUUUUGAUGUAUUUCCAGUCACUUUUCGAGGAAUCAGGAGACAACUCCCACCUCUUGUUGUCUAUCCUUGUCAAGCACUUGGAUCAUAAGAAUGUUGUCAAACAACCUCUCGUACAGAUAAACAUUGUUAAUGUCACCACAGAACUUGCAAAAAAUGCAAAGCAGCAGGCCUCAGUCGCGAUCAUUGGUGCAAUAUCUGACCUGAUCAAACACUUGCGGAAAUGCCUGCAAAAUUUAGCUGAAGCAUCCAGCCCUAGAGAUGCUACAGAUAAAUGGAACACUGAACUUCAUUCCGCUCUAGAAAAAUGCAUUUCACUGCUGUCAAUUAAGGUUGGAGACAUGGGACCCAUUCUUGAUACGAUGGCUGUGGUGCUUGAGAAUAUCCCAGCAACUGCUCUUGUGGCUAGAACAACAAUCUCUGCUGUACUUCAAACUGCAAAGAUUAUCUCUUCCAUCCCUAAUGUAUCAUAUCACAAGAAGGCUUUCCCUGAAGCUCUGUUUCAUCAUUUGCUCCUAGCAAUGUCCCAUCCAGACCCUGAAACACGAGUUGGGGCACACAGUGUUUUCUCCAUGGUGCUUAUGCCAUCCCUUCUUUGCCCUUGGUUCGACCAGAAUCUCGAACCUUCUCAAGCAGUUUCUAGGUUUUCAUCAGUUGGUUCGAUGAAGAAGGUAAGGAGUGGAAGUUUUUCCAUUCAGGAUGAAGGUAAAGACGCCACAGAACCCACAAAUGUUGGACUGAGGGAGGAAGUAAUUCAAAUAUCAGAUGUGGGUUUUAAACGGUCUGGAAUUGAUCCAUCAUGUGAUCAGGCCUACAGUUUCAAGCAUGCUUUGACUGAUGGAAAAACAGAGCUAACUUGCCUUCGGUUGAGCAGUCACCAAAUCAGUCUUUUGCUUUCAUCAAUUUGGGUUCAGGCAACAUCUGCAGAAAACACCCCUGCAAAUUUCGUGGCGAUGGCCCAUGCUUAUAACAUUGCUUUGCUUUUUACCCGAUCUAAGGCCUACAACUUUAAGAAGACAAUUUCGCAUGUGGUUGGUCAGCCUGAUGAUAAAGACCACCAAAACUCUGGUGAAAUGGGAAUCAAUGUUGAGCUGACCUCCAGUCACGCAGCUCUAGUAAGAUGUUUCCAGCUGGCAUUCUCCCUUAGAAGCAUCUCUUUGGAUCAAGAAGGAGGUUUACAACCAUCUCGCAGAAGGUCUCUCUUUACCUUGGCAUCAUCGAUGCUUAUAUUUUCAGCCAGAGCAGGCAGUCUCCCGGAGCUAAUUCCUGUUGUCAAGGAAUCGUUGACAGAUAAAACAGUUGAUCCUUACCUUGAGUUGGUCGACAAUAUCCGACUACAGGCCGUCUCUAUAGAAUCUGAUAAGGAGAAGAUGUUAUAUGGAUCACAGGAAGAUGAAGUUGCUGCAUUGAAAUCUCUCUCAGCAAUAGAAUUAGAUGACCAACAGUUGAAAGAAACCUUUAUAUCGCACUUCAUGUCUAAAUCUGCAAAAUUGUCAGAGGAUGAGUUGUCAAGCAUAAAGAAGCAGCUCUCACAGGGAUUUUCUCCUGAUGAUGCAUAUCCCUUAGGACCUCCAUUAUUUAUGGAGACACCACGGCCUUGUUCUCCUCUUGCCCAGAUUGAGUUUCCGGAUUUUGAUGAGGUCACUGGAGCCUUGACAGAUGAGGAAGCCUUCCCAGAACCGAGUGGAAGUCAGUCGGGUCGCAGAACAUCGCUCUCCAUCAAUACCCUUGACAUUAUUAGUGUUAAUCAGCUUUUAGAAUCAGUUUUGGAGACAGCUCGACAAGUUGCUAGUGUCCCAGUUUCCUCAACACCCAUACCUUAUGAUCAAAUGAAGAGCCAGUGCGAAGCCCUUGUAACGGGAAAACAGCGGAAGAUGUCAGUGCUUCAUAGUUUCAAGCAUCAAAAAGAGUCCAAUGCAAUAGUUAUCUGCGACGAAAAUGAAAAGAAACACCACAUUUUACCAACCAAGCCAUUGUUUCAGCCUUUGGAGUUUUCAAACGGGGAUCUGAAGUUGGUAAAUAAGGAGCCAAUUCAAGGGCAUGAUCAGCUUCUCCUCUGUUCACUUGAGUAUCAACAACAUUCUUUCAGAUUACCACCUUCAAGCCCCUACGACAAAUUCUUGAAAGCAGCUGGAUGUUAAUAGAAUGAGCUGCAUAUAUAUUACCAUCUCUAGUUCAUUUUCUUUGUUCUUUUUUCUUUUUUUUUCCCUCCCCAAUCAGUUGGCUAUUUUUUCAUUCUUUAGCAUUAACUAUAAACCAAGUUCCAGUAUGCUUAGAUGCCUUCUACCAGUCAUGCCCAAAUGAUGAUGAAAUGAGCAGGACAAAGAGUGGUGAAGAAAAUGGAUUGUCUUGUGCAUAUUUCAUAUUUGGAUAUCUGGCCAGAGUUGUUAAUACAUGAAUAGAUGCUUACCGAGUUUCUAUAUUACAGGACAUUGUACCAUGUAAAUUAUAUGCGAGACUUUUUAAAAGUACACUAUAAAGGUAUUCUUCUUGUUA